AUGGAGGAUGUCCCCGAUGUCUCCCGACUGCAAGUGCACGACGGCGAAGACGGAGCCGAACCGAGCGCCCCUCAGCCCCCGACCGUAGAAAAGAUUCGGGAGCUCCUCAUGACCAAAGACGACACUACCCGAUUUGUCGGCUUAGCCCUCCUCAAGUCCGUCUUGGACAACACACCCGAGCUACGAGACGAAAAGGGGGUCAUCAUCUCGCUAUGGGAUGCCAUGCCGCCCAAGUUCCUCGACCGCCUGCUCCGCACCGGCUCACGGUCGGGCUCGGAGCGGAAGGACGCCAAGGACAUGCUCGACCUCGCAGUAGCUGUCAUCCACACAUUCGCCAUCUUGCUGCCCGACGACGCAAAGCAGGAUGAGAAGCUCGUCGGCCGAAUCCCGAGAUUAGCCAAGGCCGUCCUCUACAGCUCCAAGGAGACAACUCAGGUUAUUGUGCAGACGCUGUUUACUCUUGUCGUUGUGCCGGGCGGUGCCAGGCGCUUCGCCGACCUGGAGAUCGACGAUUGGACGCCGCUCAUCGAGAUUGCCCCGGAGCACCCGCACGUCAUGCCGAUAUUUAUCUGGGCCUGGGAAAAGGGAACGUCUGGCCUCGAGGAUGGUCUGCCGAAGGAGGCGAUGAGGGCUAAGAUCGACGAGGCUAUUCAGUCUUUUAUCUCUUCGUUUCUCGGCACCGACGGAGCGAGCCUCCUCUUAUUUAUCUCUCACAUUCUACGAAACCUCGACGAGCAGCUCAUACCACCGAAUCCGAGAUGGCUCGGCUCGCUCACCAAGCUCAUACGCAGCUUGUCGACCAACCGGCCGACAGCAGAUAGCCGGACGGCGUACACCAACUGCGCGGGCGCGCUGCUGCUCCUCUACCCGACGGCGGCCCCCCCGAUGCUGUUCCAGGACGAGAAGGACGCGGCGAAGCCGUUCUCGUACCACUUCGUCAACCUGAUCCUGGUCGACCUGCGCGUGACCCUGCCGACGCUCCUCGAGAAGCUCAACGACGCGGAGUACCCGCAGAUCUCGCAGCGCAUGACAUCGGCGCUCGACAUCCUGACGGCGUUCAUCAGCCAGCUCAUCGCGUGGAUGGAGGAACUCGACGACGGGGCGGGGCCGGGGCCGGAGCCGGACGCGCCAAGCCGGCCCCAGCUCCAGCUCCGGAUGCCGCCCGACCUCGUCCUCAGGCUGAGCCGGUCCAUCGCCGAGACCCUGUCCGUCGUCAUGGAGCACCUCCGCGACCGCUGGGACGCGGCGGUGGCGGGCGCGGCGGGCCUGCACCCGGACGCGCGCGCCGGCCGCGCGCACUCGGACCUCGGGGCGCGGCGGACGCUCGCAUGGGACGCCGGCGAGGCGCGCGCCGCGGCCGACGCGCUCGUGCUCGCGGCCGUGCGCGCGGUCGCGCUGUGGAUCCGCGACGACGACGGCGACGCCCUGCGCAAGGAGGCGGCCGGCCUCGUCGACAUGUUUGUCGAGCUGUACCGCGAGAGCGGCGGCGGCGGCGGCGGAGAAGGAGGAGGAGGAGGAGAGGGGGGAGGGGCCGAGAGCCUCGACUUCCGGCUGCCCGUGCUCGCCGCGCUCGAGGGCGUCCUCCGCACGCCCGAGGGCGUCGCCGCGUCGGCCGCCCACGACGGCUGGAAGGUCCUGGCCGAGGACCUGCUCGCGAUCCUCGCGCGGAGCGAGACGGCUGCCGCUCACGACCGGAGGAGGGAGAAGGGGAAGGGGAAGGAAAAGGAGAGCGGGGACGACGGCGAGAAGGUGGAAGAGCAGGAGAAAGAGAAAGAGAAAGAGAAAGAGAUGCAGGCAGAGCUGAUCCGCGGAGACCGCAUCGCCCUCGUGCUGCAGAUCCUGGCCGAGGCCGAGGACAGCACGCCCGAGGACUGGAUGGCCGUGGUGACCGCCGUGGCGGCGUACGACGUCCCCGCGGCAGAGGGCGGGCCCGGGGCGCUCCUGCUCGAGUUCGCGACGGACACGGUGCAGCUGGCGGCGACGCUGCUCGCGCACGCGAACCCCGGCAUGCGGCGGCGGUACGUCCACUCGGCCGCCGCCGUGCGCGGCGUCGCGGAGCAGCUGAGGGAGCAGGCCGAGGAGGAGAGCGGCUUCGCGCGCGAUUUGGACGCGGCGAUUUCUACGCUACUGGACAUACAGUAG